GACUCCAGUCGCUGCUCCGAGCCAGUCCUCUCGCCGCCGGCUCCGUGCCCCGCAGAUCCCAGUUUUCCGUCCCCCCGCGGUUCGCCGCCCCGCUAGCCGCCGCGAUGCCGGUGUUUCACACGCGCACGAUCGAGAGCAUCCUGGAGCCGGUGGCGCAGCAGAUCUCGCACCUGGUGAUUAUGCACGAGGAGGGCGAGGUGGACGGCAAAGCCAUUCCUGACCUCACCGCGCCCGUGGCUGCCGUGCAAGCGGCCGUCAGCAACCUCGUCCGGGUCGGGAAAGAGACUGUACAGACCACUGAGGACCAGAUUUUGAAGAGAGAUAUGCCACCAGCAUUUAUUAAGGUUGAGAAUGCUUGCACCAAACUUGUUCAAGCAGCCCAGAUGCUUCAGUCAGACCCAUAUUCAGUUCCUGCGCGGGAUUACCUCAUCGAUGGCUCUAGGGGAAUCCUCUCUGGCACGUCAGACCUACUCCUUACCUUUGAUGAGGCUGAGGUUCGUAAAAUUAUUAGAGUUUGCAAAGGAAUUUUGGAAUAUCUUACAGUGGCAGAGGUAGUGGAGACUAUGGAAGAUUUGGUCACUUACACAAAGAAUCUUGGGCCAGGAAUGACUAAGAUGGCCAAAAUGAUUGAUGAGAGGCAGCAGGAGCUGACUCACCAGGAACACCGGGUGAUGCUGGUGAACUCAAUGAACACCGUCAAAGAGCUGCUUCCUGUUCUCAUUUCAGCUAUGAAGAUUUUUGUUACAACCAAAAACUCAAAAAACCAAGGAAUAGAAGAAGCUCUGAAAAAUCGGAAUUUUACUGUAGAGAAGAUGAGUGCUGAGAUUAAUGAGAUCAUUCGUGUGUUACAACUCACUUCUUGGGAUGAAGAUGCCUGGGCCAGCAAGGACACUGAAGCCAUGAAGAGAGCACUGGCAUCCAUAGAUUCCAAACUGAACCAGGCCAAAGGUUGGCUCCGUGACCCCAGUGCCUCCCCAGGGGACGCUGGUGAGCAAGCCAUCAGGCAGAUCUUAGAUGAAGCUGGGAAAGUUGGUGAACUUUGUGCAGGCAAAGAACGUAGGGAGAUCCUAGGAACCUGCAAGAUGCUGGGACAGAUGACUGACCAAGUAGCUGACCUCCGAGCCAGAGGACAAGGAGCCUCGCCAGUGGCCAUGCAGAAGGCUCAGCAGGUGUCUCAGGGGCUCGACGUGCUCACUGCAAAAGUGGAAAAUGCAGCUCGGAAGCUGGAAGCCAUGACAAACUCAAAGCAGAGCAUUGCAAAGAAGAUUGACGCUGCCCAGAAUUGGCUUGCGGAUCCAAAUGGUGGACCUGAAGGAGAAGAACAGAUUCGAGGGGCUUUGGCUGAAGCUCGGAAGAUUGCAGAAUUAUGUGAUGAUCCUAAGGAGAGAGAUGACAUCCUUCGCUCCCUCGGAGAGAUAGCUGCUCUGACCUCUAAAUUAGGAGAUUUACGAAGACAAGGGAAAGGAGACUCCCCAGAGGCUCGAGCUUUGGCUAAACAGGUGGCGACGGCCCUGCAGAACCUGCAGACCAAAACCAACAGGGCUGUGGCCAACAGCAGACCUGCCAAGGCAGCUGUCCACCUCGAGGGCAAGAUUGAGCAAGCGCAGCGGUGGAUUGAUAAUCCUACAGUAGAUGACCGUGGAGUUGGCCAGGCUGCCAUCCGUGGACUUGUGGCUGAAGGGCAUCGGCUGGCCAAUGUGAUGAUGGGGCCUUAUCGCCAGGAUCUUCUUGCCAAGUGUGACCGUGUAGACCAGCUAACAGCUCAGCUGGCUGAUCUGGCUGCCCGAGGGGAAGGCGAGAGUCCUCAGGCGAGAGCGCUGGCGUCCCAGCUUCAGGACUCCUUAAAGGAUCUUAAAGCCCAGAUGCAGGAAGCUAUGACUCAAGAAGUGUCCGAUGUUUUCAGCGAUACUACAACUCCCAUCAAGCUCUUGGCAGUGGCAGCCACUGCUCCUCCUGAUGCACCAAAUAGGGAAGAGGUAUUUGAUGAGAGGGCAGCCAACUUUGAAAACCAUUCAGGAAGGCUUGGAGCCACAGCGGAGAAGGCAGCUGCUGUUGGUACUGCCAAUAAGUCAACAGUAGAAGGCAUUCAGGCAUCAGUGAAGACAGCCCGAGAACUCACACCCCAGGUUAUCUCAGCUGCUCGAAUCUUGCUGAGGAACCCUGGUAAUCAAGCUGCUUAUGAACAUUUUGAGACCAUGAAAAACCAGUGGAUUGACAAUGUUGAAAAAAUGACAGGGCUGGUGGACGAGGCUAUUGAUACCAAAUCUCUGUUGGAUGCUUCUGAAGAAGCAAUUAAAAAAGACCUGGACAAGUGUAAGGUAGCCAUGGCCAAUAUUCAGCCUCAGAUGCUGGUCGCUGGAGCAACCAGCAUUGCUCGUCGGGCCAACCGGAUCCUGCUGGUUGCUAAGAGGGAGGUAGAGAACUCUGAGGAUCCGAAGUUCCGAGAGGCUGUGAAAGCUGCCUCUGAUGAAUUGAGCAAAACAAUCUCCCCAAUGGUGAUGGAUGCCAAGGCUGUGGCUGGAAACAUCUCUGACCCUGGUCUGCAAAAGAGCUUCCUGGACUCAGGAUAUCGGAUCCUGGGAGCUGUGGCCAAGGUCAGAGAAGCCUUCCAACCCCAGGAACCUGACUUCCCGCCUCCUCCACCAGACCUUGAACAGCUCCGACUAACUGAUGAGCUGGCUCCUCCUAAACCACCUCUGCCUGAGGGUGAAGUCCCUCCACCCAGGCCCCCACCACCAGAAGAGAAGGAUGAAGAAUUCCCUGAGCAGAAAGCUGGGGAGGUGAUCAACCAGCCAAUGAUGAUGGCUGCCAGGCAGCUCCAUGAUGAAGCUCGGAAAUGGUCUAGCAAGCCUGGUACCCCAGCCGCUCAGGUGGGUAUAGGAGUUGUAGCUGAGGCAGAUGCGGCUGAUGCUGUUGGGUUCCCUUUCCCCUCUGACAUGGAAGACGAUUACGAACCUGAGCUGCUGUUAAUACCAUCUAAUCAGCCGGUCAACCAGCCCAUUCUGGCCGCGGCUCAGUCCUUGCACCGGGAAGCUACCAAGUGGUCUAGUAAGGGCAAUGAUAUCAUUGCAGCAGCCAAGCGCAUGGCUCUGCUGAUGGCGGAGAUGUCUCGGCUGGUAAGAGGGGGCAGUGGUACCAAGCGGGCACUCAUUCAGUGUGCCAAGGAUAUUGCUAAGGCCUCUGAUGAGGUGACUCGGCUGGCCAAGGAAGUUGCCAAGCAGUGUACAGAUAAGCGGAUUAGAACCAAUCUUUUACAGGUGUGUGAGCGAAUCCCAACUAUAAGCACCCAGCUCAAAAUCCUGUCCACAGUGAAGGCUACCAUGCUGGGCCGGACCAACAUCAGUGAUGAGGAAUCUGAGCAGGCCACAGAGAUGCUGGUGCAUAACGCUCAGAACCUCAUGCAGUCCGUGAAGGAGACUGUGCGAGAAGCAGAAGCCGCUUCAAUCAAAAUUCGAACAGAUGCUGGAUUUACUCUGCGCUGGGUCAGAAAGACUCCCUGGUACCAGUAGGCACCUCGCCAAGCCUGGCUGGUACAUAACCUCUGCUCAAGAGCAGAGAACCAUCUGAAUCCCAGAAGCCAUUCAGAGUUGCAGGAGUGAACAAAACCAAUCCCU